AUGAAGGGCGGGUUUGGACAUGGAAGGUUUCCCUGCACACUUUGCCACUCGGGAAUGUGGCGCCACUGUCGGCUUUCAAAUUCCUUCAAGUGUUUCAGUGUUCUUGUUCAUAGCGGAAGCGCAGCCGCCGCCGCCUUCGCGGUCCUGGGACCCUUGGUUCCCGGCAGGUGGGAGGCGGGAGCCACGUCGAAGCGGCUCCGGAGCAGCGAGGUGUGCGCUGACUGCAGCGGGCCAGAUCCUUCCUGGGCAUCAGUAAAUAGGGGAACUUUUAUAUGUGAUGAGCGCUGCAGUGUCCAUCGGAGUCUAGGACACCAUAUCUCUCAAGUAAGGCACCUUAAACACACACCCUGGCCUCCAACAUUGCUUCAGAUGGUUGAAACCUUGUAUAAUAAUGGUGCUAAUUCUAUAUGGGAGCAUUCUUUGCUGGACCCUGCCUCUAUUAUGAGCGGAAGGCGUAAAGCUAAUCCACAGGAUAAAGUACAUCCAAAUAAAGCGGAAUUCAUAAGAGCCAAGUAUCAGAUGUUAGCAUUUGUCCAUCGCUUGCCCUGCAGGGAUGACGAUAGUGUGACUGCUAAAGAUCUUAGUAAGCAACUCCAUUCAAGCGUGAGAACAGGGAAUCUUGAAACCUGUUUAAGGCUGUUAUCUUUAGGAGCACAAGCCAACUUCUUUCACCCUGAGAAGGCAAACACUCCACUCCAUGUGGCCUCCAAAGCAGGGCAGGUUUUACAGGCAGAAUUAUUGGCAGUAUAUGGAGCAGACCCAGGCACACAAGAUUCUAGUGGGAAAACUCCUGCUGAUUAUGCAAGGCAAGGAGGGCACCAUGAGCUGGCAGAGCGCCUUGUAGAAAUACAGUAUGAGCUGACAGACAGACUAGCCUUCUAUCUCUGUGGCAGAAAACCAGAUCACAAAAAUGGACAGCACUUUAUAACUCAUAUGGCAGACAGAAGCCUGGAUUUGUCUGAAUUGGCAAAAGCUGCUAAGAAGAAACUUCAAUCUCUAAGUAAUCAUUUGUUUGAAGAACUUGCCAUGGACGUGUACGAUGAAGUUGGCAGGCGAGAGACUGGUGCAGUCUGGCUUGCCACGCAAAACCACAGAACCCUGGUAACUGAGACAACUGUUGUCCCCUUCCUUCCGGUCAAUCCUGAGUACUCAUCGACACGACACCACGGCAGACAGAAAUUAGCUUGGUUUAACGCCCGUGAGUUUGCCACGCUGGUUAUCGACAUUCUCAGUGAUGCCAAGAAGAGACAUCAAGGUAGUCCUCUUUCUAGCUCAAAAGACAAUGUGGAGCUCAUACUGAAAACGAUCAAUAACCAGCACAGUAUUGAGAGUCAGGACAAUGACCAACCAGAUUAUGACAGUGUGGCAUCAGAUGAAGACACAGAUCUGGAAGCUGGUGCAAGCAAGGCAAACAGGCAGAAGAGCCUAGAUUCAGAUUUAUCAGAUGGACCAGUCACUUUGCAGGAAUUUAUGGAGGUCAAAAACGCUCUAGUGGCUUCUGAGGCCAAGAUACAACAGCUAAUUAAGCUUCAAACACUCCAGAGUGAAAAUUCGAACCUCAGGAAACAGGCCACAACCAAUAUAUAUCAGGUGCAAACUGGUUCUGAGUACACAGACACUUCCAACCACUCUUCCUUAAAGCGACGUCCGUCUGCCCGGGGCAGUAGGCCCAUGCCCAUGUACGAGACGGGAUCAGGUCAGAAACCAUAUCUCCCAAUGGGAGAAGUGAACUGCCCUGAGGAGAGCAGGACAAAACUCCAGCCUUUCCCCGCACACACAUCCAGGCUAGAGAAGCAGAACAGCACACCUGAAAGUAACUAUGACAACACUCCCAAUGAUGUGGACCCAGAUGACCCAGGGUCAAGCAGAAAGGGAAGGCAAAGGAGUGUGCUGUGGCAAGGGGAUGGCUCGGUGCCAGAUAUAGCAGAAGCCCACACGGUCCCAAGCCCCAUCCUCCCCAGCACCGAAGACGUCAUCAGGGAGACUAAGCAGAUCACCAAAAACAUGCAGGAGCUCUUAAGAGCAGCCCAAGAAAAUAAACACGACAGUUAUAUUCCCUGCUCAGAGAGGAUACACGUAGCUGUUACAGAAAUGGCAGCAUUAUUCCCCAAAAAACCCAAGUCUGACAUGGUGAGGACUUCCCUUCGCUUACUGACAUGUAGUGCCUACCGCCUCCAGUCAGAGUGCAAGAACCUUCUGGGGGACUCUGGCCCAUCCACAGACAUCCAGCUGGUCACCCAGCAGGUCAUCCAGUGUGCGUAUGACAUAGCCAAGGCCGCCAAACAGCUGGUUACCAUCACCACCAAAGAGAACAACAACUGAGCCGGAGAGUGCUGGUCCUUCCGUUUUCUAGGCUUUGUAAAGUCUGGUUUCAAAUUUAUGGAACUCUUCUGAUUUUUACAGAAACAAACAUUUAAUGAAAGUUUAAAACAUUAAAAAAAAAUAAA